AGAAACCCACAAGCAAUUAACAGCUCUGACAUCAGGGGACAAGCAAAUAUAAAACACUCAGUUCUAAAAGAGGUUCAGCAGAGAAUCCCCUCAGGAGUUCAAGAUCGAAUGUUAUCUACUCCUUGGUCUCUACACAAAGGGCUACAAACCAAAGCCUCAUCCUGCACCCUUGCCUCAAGCAGGAUGAAAGCUCAGAAACUCCUCUCUCUGGGGUACACUUUCUUGCCUCUGCUGUUUAUUCAGCAGGCCUGGGCUCAGUUCCCCAGAGAGUGUACCACCAUUGAGGCUUUGAGAAGUGGGGUAUGUUGCCCAGAUCUGUCCCCACUGUCUGGGCCCGGGACUGACCGCUGUGGCUUCUCCUCAGGGAGGGGCAGGUGUGAGGCCGUGACAGCAGACUCCCGACCCCACAGCCACCACUACCACCAUGAUGGCAGAGAUGACCGAGAGGGUUGGCCCACACGGUUCUUCAACAGGACAUGCCACUGCAACGGCAAUUUUUCAGGACACAACUGUGGGACUUGCCGUCCUGGAUGGAGAGGACCUGCCUGUGACCAGAAGGUUCUCACAGUCAGGAGAAACCUACUGGACCUAAGUACAGAAGAAAAGAACCAUUUUGUACGGGCCCUGGAUAUGGCAAAGCGCACAAUGCACCCUCAGUUCGUCAUUGCCACCAGGAGAUCAGAAGAAAUAUUGGGGCCGGAUGGCAACACACCACAAUUUGAGAACAUUUCCAUUUACAACUACUUUGUCUGGACACACUACUACUCAGUCAAAAAGACUUUCCUUGGGGCAGGGCAGGAAAGCUUUGGUGAAGUGGAUUUCUCUCACGAAGGACCUGCCUUUCUCACAUGGCACAGGUACCACUUACUGCAGCUGGAGAGAGACAUGCAGGAAAUGUUGCAGGAUCCUUCUUUCUCCCUCCCUUACUGGAAUUUUGCCACUGGGAAGAACACCUGUGACAUUUGCACUGAUGACUUGAUGGGAUCAAGAAGCAACUUUGAUUCCACUCUUAUAAGCCCGAACUCUGUCUUUUCUCAAUGGCGAGUGGUCUGUGAAUCCUUGGAAGAUUACGAUACCCUGGGAACCCUUUGUAACAGCACUGAGGGUGGGCCAAUUAGGAGAAAUCCAGCAGGAAAUGUGGCCAGACCAAUGGUGCAACGUCUUCCUGAACCACAGGAUGUCGCUCAGUGCUUGGAAGUCAGUUUAUUUGACACACCUCCUUUUUAUUCCAAUUCUACAAACAGUUUCCGAAACACAGUAGAAGGUUACAGUGAUCCCACAGGAAGGUAUGACCCUGCUGUCCGAAGCCUUCACAAUCUGGCUCAUCUAUUCCUGAAUGGAACAGGGGGACAAACUCAUUUAUCUCCCAAUGAUCCUAUUUUUGUCCUUCUACAUACUUUCACUGAUGCAGUCUUUGAUGAAUGGCUAAGGAGAUAUAAUGCUGAUAUAUCCAUAUUUCCACUGGAAAAUGCCCCUAUUGGACACAACAGACAAUACAAUAUGGUACCAUUUUGGCCUCCAAUUACCAACAUAGAAAUGUUUGUUACUGCUCCAGACAACCUAGGAUAUACUUAUGAAGUUCAAUGGCCAAGUCGGGAUUUUAGUGUUUCUGAGAUUGUUACCAUAGCAGUAGUUGCUGCUUUAUUACUGGUUGCAGUCAUUUUUAUGGGUACCUCUUGUCUGAUUCGUGCCAGAAGCAACAUGGAUGAAGCAAAUCAGCCUCUCCUCACUGAUCAGUAUCAACACUAUGCCGAAGAAUAUGAAAAAAUCCAGAAUCCUAAUCAGUCUAUGGUCUGAUGAUAGAUGACAUAUUCUCUUAUGCAUUAGUAUCAUAAAACCACUUGGUUCAAAAAUAAUAGAUGAGUUACUAACUACAGUGUCUUUCAUUCUGUUACUUCAUUCCUUAUGCAUGCACAUGUUGGAAUUAAAAGCUUAGUUAUUAUUUUGCAGAACUGGGGAAAGUCACUCUCUUUUCAACGGUUUCUAUUUCUCAGCUCUCUUUAGAAUGAUGGGUGGCACCAUCUAGUAUUUAAGCAGAUAGUGUGAAGAUUUUUGGUAUGUUUUAAAGGUCAACUAUACAACAAUAUGAAUAACUUUGUGUACUUUCUUUUUAUUGCAAAGUAAAUCUCUGAUAAAAAUACAUGAGUAGGACACAAAUGAAUUUAUUUAUGAAACAGAAACAGACUCAGAGACCUAGAAAACAAACAGACUUCUGGUUACCAAAGUGGGGAAGGGGUGAGAGAUAAAUUAGGAGAUUUGGAUUAGCAGAUACAAACUAUUACAUAUACAACAGAAAAAAAACAAGGUCCUAUUGUAUAGCACAGGGAACUAUAUUCAAUACCCUGUAAUAAACUGUAAUGGAAAAGAAUAUGAAAAAUAUGUGUAUAUAUGUAUAACUGAAUCACUUUGCUGUAUACCAGAAACUAACACGACAUAGUAAAUCCACUAUACUUCAAUAAAAAAAUUUUAAAAAACAUAAGGAGGCAUUUCUACAAUGUUAAGAUAUAAAUACAUUUUCAUUCAUUGACAGUGAACAACUGAUAUAAAGGAAGCUACACUUGUACUUAAAAUUAAUUUUGUGAAGUUAUAAAUGGGAUCCCAAUCAACUUUUUCAAACUUGUCUUCCCAUUUGGGAAUCAUACUGUUUAGUCUAAGAUUCAAGGGCACAAUAAAUAACAAUCUUUGCCACACUUUGGAGAGGUAAAUGAUUUAUUUUGUUAAAAGAUAGUUGGUGGUGCCUUUGUUUUCAACUGCAUUCUUCUACUUUUCAAUUCACUACCUACAAUAUAUUUUACCUCACAAUUUCUCUUCUAAGAUCUUAGAGAUCCACAAAGAAAGCAUAAAGGUAGAGAAAAUGUGUGAUAGUGCUCUACAAAUAGCACUUGGUUCAUAAUGUUGAA